GAAAUGUGGAUGAUUAUGGCUUGAUCUUCGACCAGCCACGCUGCGUCAUCGAGGAUCCGGAUUGCCCACUUCCCGAGGAAGCACCAGAAGGCUACGAGAUUGACAACGGGGAGUUCGUUUGCGCAGAUGGUUAUGUAGGCGACUACGUGCUGAGCCGCUGCGGACACGACAAUAACUGCAAUAAGGCCUUGGACCCCAUCGGCUGCACGCCGACUGUGAACUGCGCGCCGCUGAAGAUCGACCCAUGUGAGCGCGACAACGUC